CUAGAAAAAGGAAAAUUAAAAAAAAAAAAUCGAAAAUCAUUUGGGAAAUCAACAAAUCAAUUAGGGUUUGAAAUUGAACACACACUCUCUCUCUCUAGCUUUUUCGUUCUAUAAGAUUCCGAGGUUCAAACCUUGGAAUUCAUGCUUCGUGUUCUCGAUCAUCAUGAUUCAAUAGCGGCGCUUCGAUGAAAACGAAGAAAUGUAUGAUUGGAUUGAGCUACAGAUCUGAAACUUUGGCUGUGAGUAUGUAUGAUGGAACAUAACAAUCGGGGAUUUUUGUUUGGGAUGUUUGCAUUGAGGUAUUGUCGAUGGAAAGUAGUGUAGGAAAGUCUGGUGGUGCUAAAAUUUCCAAGAAAACCAGAUCUUUGAAUCUUGAGAGUCUAUAUAAAUCUAGUGUUUUGAAGGAAGGGAAUAGCAAGGGAAAAAAUAGUGUAGGAAAUGAUGAGGUUAAGAAAAAGAAAAGGAAGAGUAGGAAAGAGUUGCCUUUGAGUAGUAUUCAGCCAGCUAGCAAGAAGAGUAAGAAGAGUUUAGAUGAAGUUUAUGCCGGUGGGGUCAGUUCGGGUGAUUUGGACAGGGCUUUGUUGGGUUUGAGAGGCAAGUUGAGUACCAGUAAUGGGUCAAAUGAUAUUUCACUUGGUUUGGAUGGCACUGGUAAUGUGUUUCGGAUCCCCAAGCGUCCACGAGGUUCUCGCAAGAAAUUUGAAAGCAAUCAGGUUUCUAAUCCAUCAGGACUCUCUAGUUCGGGUGAUCACAUCGCCAAGUCAAAUGGUGAGGCUAAGAUAAUUGUCGGCAACCAAGUUUUACAGCAAUCCGGUUCUUGUGAUAGUAAAGCCUGUUAUGUUAAUCAGGUGGUUAAGUUAAAUGGAGAUUCUGGAGGUGAAAUUGUUGACCCCAAGGUUUUGCAGAAGUCAGUUACUGAUGAUUAUAUGGGAAGUAGUGCAGAUAGGGUGAGUUCAAUUUGGCUUGCUAAGGAGGAAGAAAGUGAUGUGGUUGUAAAUAAUGGUGAUGCAUCUUGUGGGAAGUGCCGGACGAAGGUAAGUUCAGCUCGACAUACUAAGGAGGAAGAUGGUCACGUGGUUGUAAAUAUUGGCGAUGCAUCUUCUACAAAGUGCCGGAGCAAGGUGAGUUCAGCUCGACAUGAUAAGGAGGAAGAUAAAAAUGUGGUUGUAAAUAAUGGUGAUGCAUCUUCUACGAAGCACCGGAGCAAGGUGAGUUCAGCUCGACAUGCUAAGGAGGAAGAUGGUCACGUGGUUGUACAUAACAGUGAUGCAUCUAGUAGAAAGAGCCAGAGCAGUCUUAAGAAAAGAAAAGAUAUGUUGACACCAAUUAAUGAAACUGUCGCAAUGAAGGUGGGGUCUCCACUUGUUAAUUCAGUUAGUGAUAGCGAUGGUUUUCAGGAUGAUGAUGAUGAAGAGAAUCUCGAAGCAAAUGCUGCGAGGAUGCUCUCGUCUCGAUUUGAUCCGAGUUACACUGAGUUUUCUUCAAAAACCUCAUCAAGGUGUGUAAAUGGGUUGUCUUUCUUGAUCCGUUCUGGUCAGAACUUCGUUAGUCAAAGGGAAAAGUACUUAGCUGGCUCCACUUUGGCAUCAGUUGACUCUGCCAGCAGAGUUCUGAGACCUAGGAAACAGCAUAAUGAGAAGGGUCUCUCAAGCAAGCGGCGUCAUUUUUAUGAGAUUCUUUCUGUGGAUUUGGAUGCAUACUGGGUUUUGAACAGGAGGAUCAAGGUAUUUUGGCCAUUGGAUGAAAGUUGGUAUUACGGCCUUGUGAAUGAUUAUGAUUCAGAGAGAAAGCUUCAUCACAUUAAAUAUGAUGAUCGAGAUGAGGAAUGGGUUAACCUUCAGAACGAGAGAUUUAAACUUUUGCUUCUCCCCAGUGAAGUUCCUGGGAAGGCAGAGCCUGAAAAUUCUGCUAUCGGAGAUGAGGGAAAGAGAGGUUUAACUUCAGAUGAUGACAGCUACGUUGGGAGGUAUAUGGACUCAGAACCCAUCAUGUCAUGGCUGGCUCGUUCUUCUCAUCGAGUCAAAUCUUCUCCUGGUGCUUGGAAAAAACAGAAAACAUCCCAUCCAUCUCCUUACUUGGUUCCACCAUUGUUGUCUAAAAAAAUUGAAGACGCUCAUGUGGUUUUGGGUUUUGAGCAAAUAGAUACGAGUGCAGUAAAUGGUAUUUCUCCAUUUCCAGACAGAUCAAGUGAUGACAGAAAGGGUGAGAAGUCAGUGCUGGAAACCAGCACUAGCUCCAAAGGUAGCAAACCAGUUUUUGUUUAUUCCAGGAGGCAAUAUCACAAGAAAGACAGAGGAUUGAUUCGUUCAUCUGUAAGUGACAAUGCUUCUGAAAGUGUACCUGUAUCUGUUCCUUCUCUGGCCUCUGGUGUUUACACUUUCCAAACCUCAAAAGAAUGCAUGGUUUCUCUUGGGUGCUUCAACCCUGAUGAGCCUUUCUGGUCCAUCGAUGAUGAAGGCUUGUUAAAAUUAACUAUGCCAUUGAUGGAAGCCAAACGAUUUAGGUUUGAGUUAUGCUUAUCAGUUCCUCCUUUCCUGGAGUUUACUUUUGGAGUAGAGCAUUUUUGGUUGUUCCAAGCUGCACUGCUGCUUCGAUAUGGUACCGUUGUCUGUAUUUGGCCUAAGAUUCAUUUGGAGAUACUCUUUGUUGAUAAUAUUUUCGGUUUGAGGUUUUUCUUGUUUGAAGGUUCCUUGAAGCAGGCUGUAGCCUUUGUUUUCCUUGUCCUAACUAUAUUUCAUCAAUCUAACGAGCAGGGGAAGUAUGUUGACCUGCAAUUGCCUGUAACUUCGGUAAGGUUUACGCUCUCUUGUGUUCAAGAUUUUAGAAAGAAGCAUGUGUUUGCAAACUACAGCUUCGCCAAAGUGAAAUGUUCGAAGUGGUUGUGCUUAGAUCGGAAGCUCCAACAGCAUUGUUUGCUCACUGAGCAGCUACCUCUGUCUGAAUGUACAUAUGAUAACAUCAGGGCACGGGAAGGAGGAGGUAAACAGCUUGACACAACUUCUGUUGGUAUGAUCCCCUCCGCAUUUCAGGGUUUAUUGAAGAAGUCUGUGCAGAGUAUUAUGGCUGUGGGGUAUUUCAAAAAAUCAUGCUAUGUAAAUAUGAGUCGCUCUUCUUGUGAUUCUGAUCUGUUGCACAGAAAACUUCCUCCAUUUUCUAUUUCUUUUAAUGCUGCACCAACUUUCUUUCGUAGUCUGCAUCUUAAGCUGCUGAUGGAACAUAGUGUUGCUGGCGUCAGCCUUCAGGACCACGAUUCACUUGACUGUUCAGAAAGCAAUAGUCCGCCAAUUGCAGAUGAUCAGAGUCAAGUUGAGGUGCAUUACUCUGAAAUUGCACCAGAUAUCACUCCUGAGAGUAACUUGGAAACUUCGUUGAUGGAAGCUGCUUGUUCAGGAUGGUUUUCUAGUGCUGGACCGCACUUAAGGACUGAUUCCAGCAUGCAAUGGGGAACAAAGGCUGGAAUUGGUAAACAAAAAGUUAGUGGGAUUUCCACCUGGUCCUCAGAUCAUGGAAACAAUACAAAUGAUGCAAUUGUCCAAUCACGUAGUGGGGGAUGCAAUCGUCUGGAUACAAAGAAAAUUGCUACAUUGCAGCAGCCUGUAGUUCAUAAAGAUCAUACCUCCCCAAGUAUGUCUCCUGUCAAGUGCUAUUCUAGUUUGAAUGGCAUGAAGGUUGAUAUUCCCUCAUUUGACAAAAUUGAAAAGUCUGUUGAUGAAAGAACACGUAGUGCUCAACAGUCUUCGGACUUGGCUUGGAAUUCUAGUGAUGACGUUGUCUGCAGCCCCAACUCUAUUGGUGCUCGAAGUUUGUGGCAUCACAAUAUAAAUAGCCCAAGUUCUUCACCUUUUGAUGAUCUCUCGCAUGUAUGGCCUGAUGGGGCAACAGAUUUUAUCUGCAAUGGCUUUGGCAAUGGACCUAAGAAGCCACGGACGCAGGUCCACUAUGCAUUGCCUUUUGGAGGUUUCAAUCUUAGCUCAAAACAUAAUAUUGAUAACCAGAAAGGACUUCCUUACAAACGAAUUAGGAGAACUAAUGAGAAGAAGACCUCAGAUGGCUCCAGAGGUCCUCGAAGAAACUUGGAGUUGUUAGCUUGUGAUGCAAAUGUGUUGAUCACUCAUGGAGACAGGGGGUGGAGAGAAUGUGGCGCAUGUGUUUUCUUGGAACUUGCAGAUCAGAAUGAAUGGAAACUGGCUGUUAAACUUUCCGGGACUGCUAAAUACUCAUACAAAGUACAUCAUGUUUUGCAGCCUGGGUCAACAAACCGCUACACACAUGCCAUGAUGUGGAAGGGAGGAAAGGAUUGGGUACUGGAGUUCCCUGACAGGAGCCAGUGGAUGCUUUUUAAAGAGAUGCAUGAAGAAUGCUAUAAUCGGAACAUUCGCGCUGCUUCAGUGAAAAGUAUCCCCAUUCCUGGAGUUCGUCUGGUAGCGGAAUGUGGUGAUAGUGUGACAGAAAUGCCAUUUCUUCGUAGUUCUUCCAAGUACUUCCGACAGGUUGAAAAUGAUGUUGACAUGGCUAUGGAUGCAUCACGCAUCUUCUAUGACAUGGACAGCGAUGAUGAGCAAUGGAUUCUUAGUAGUCAGAAAUCUUCCCUUUCUCUUCAGAGCAAGUGCGAAGAUAUUUCUGAGGAUUUGUUUGAGAAGACUAUGGACAUGUUUGAGAAAGUUUCAUAUGCCCAACAGCGUGAUCACUUUACAUCAGAUGAAAUCAAAGAGCUCAUGGUUGGAUUUGGGCCCGUGGAAGUGAUCAAUAUCAUUUAUGAGCAUUGGCGGCUGAAGAGGCAGAGGAAGGGGAUGCCACUAAUCCGACAACUUCAGGUACCUUCCACUUUAUUGUCCUCUUUAUCCAAUUCCUUGCUUUAG